AUUGUACUCACUGGACUGUUUUAAUGCAGUGUCUAUUGACAAUUCGUGCACUACGGUGCUAACCCUAUUCAGCCUGAUCUUUUCCUUUCUGUUUUCUGGGAUUCGCUCGCGCACUAUUCGUGACGGGUAGAAACGAAGGCCAAUGAACCAAUAUCCGAUCUACAGUCAUCGACUUUCGUGUCUUUUCUAAUAAUAUUAAAACAUUACGGUGUAAGUGAGUUGCAGCCUCGACGAUGAGAGAUCUGUACCAUAAUUCUGUAACACAUGAAAAUUGCUUCGAGACUAAGGGCAUACUUUGCCCCUAGGUGUGAAUCUGGACUUAACCCGAGUCGAGUCGUUGGCGAUCUGUCUAUUAAUCUGUGCUAAAGAUGUCAUCUGCGACUGAUAUGGAAAACAUUAAACUUAUUCCUUCGCUGAAGUCAAUAUCCAAACAAGAGUUAUACGACAACUGGGAGAAAAAUGCUCCAAAAAUUAUGUUUGGUGAACAUCAACUUUCCUUAGAUAUAAGUGAAGAUGUCGGCGAAUUUUUUCGUGAGAAAGCCAAGAAGGAAUUGCGGGAGACGCCAGAAAUUGUCGCCCAAGGUUUCAAGGAAUUGAAAGAAUUAAUAUCAGAGGAACCUGAUCUGCAUGUACCGAAAGACAUGGAGGACUUCCUCAUAGUAUUCUUGCGUCCAUGCAAAUGGUAUGCGAAGAGCGCUUUCACACUAAUGAAACGGUAUUACCGAUUCCGUUUAACCCAUUCACACCUAUAUAAAGAUUUGACUAUUAGUAAAGAGAAAACUGCAAUUUGUGCCGGCUUGGUGUGGCCACUGCCGCUUCGUACUAAAGAUGGAUGCAGGGUGGUAGUGGUCGAUUGUGGAAAAUGGGAUCCGAAGGAAGUGUCGGUCGAUGAAUGUCUUAAAGGCAUCAUAAUGGGCUUGUUUUUAACGUUUGUGGAAUACAAAACUCAGAUCGCGGGUGUACAUGUUAUUUUAGACGUCGAAGGUACAUCUUUUGGUCAGUUAAAGCACGCCACAGCGUCCUUGAUCAAAACGCUGUCACAUUUUUUACAGAGAUGUUUGCCCAUUCGUAACAAAGGUAUCCACAUUGUGAAUCAAUCUCGUGUCGUCAAAAUAGCACUCGCGUUGGUUAAACCUUUCACGGAGGAUAAAUAUCGCAAACGGAUUUACGUUCAUGGGACAAACUGGAAGUCCUUAAUGACUCACAUAGAUAAAAGGGCAUUGCCUAAGAAAUAUGAUGGUGAUAUAGAAAUGCCCAAAGAAGAAUGCGGUGUUGCGUUAUGGCAGAAUUUGCUUUAUCUCGAACCUGCGUUUUUAGCUGAACUGCAAUAUGGAUACAAAACUGAUAAAGAUAAGAUGUAACAGCUGCAAAAAUUGUCCGAUCAAUCGUUAUUCUGGUCAUUAUGGUUAUUAACUAUGGCAUAAACGUACCUAAUAUCGUCUAACAAAAUUCAAUCUCAAUUAAAGGCUAUGUAUUAAUUUUCUUUGUAUGUAGUUUCGAAUAAGAAAGAAAACAUUUCUAUUUUAUUUAUAAUAGAUUAGAACGGUUAAAAUCUAAAGAUUUUUAUAUCUUGCUUAUAUGUAACAUAUUUUAAAACAUUUUAAAAUGUUUAUUUUGUUCACGAGAUAUCACGAGUAGUGAUAUUUCGUGCUGGGCAAUAUCAGGUGCAUUUACCCAACGCACAAAGUUGUAAUAAAAAAGUUUUUAAAUUUUUGGUGUUGGAUACCUGAUGAUUUGGAACUCAUAGUUGUUCGGUUGUUUGAUUUUCAAUUCGCAAUUGCGUGGAAAGUGCUUUUUAGGGGAAACUGGAAUAAGAUAUAGUUAAGAGGAUUUAGUGAUACGACUACUAUAACAUAAAAAGUUUUUUGUUUCUACAUACUUGUUUGUAUUUAGGUCCCUCAGCUGUAUACAAAUAUUGUUAAAACAUGUAAUAUACAUUAACACGCAGAGCUGCGCUACUUGUAUUAGUGUUUACAGUCUAUACGCUAUAAGUCGUGCGCAAAACUUUUGAUUAUCAUUAUUUAUAUUCUAAGGGGAUUAAUAUUCUUGGAUUUUAAGAAUACAUUUUUAUAUGUAAUUAUGUUAAAUUUGUGAGAAGAUUAUUUCUGCGAUGUAGAUUUAUUUUGUGAAUAAUUUUGCUGAACUUAAAAUUUUACGAUGUCAUGAUCGUUCUACGUUGAUACUUUGCUUGUUGUAUUUGAUAGAAUUUUUAAGCCCUUUUCGCUUUAAAAGGAAAUAAAAACAAUUUGUUGUAUCGUAUAUAAAAAGUAUCAUGUGUAUAAAAGUAUACGGAUGAUUUAUUUGCUGCGUAAGAAAAGUGACGUCUAAAUUAUACUUUCGUAGAAUGAACUCAUACAAGCGUGCCUCAUACGUAUUCGAUUAUAGUAAAUAUGCACCAGCAGACUUGUUGUAAAAUUCUGUCAAGCAAGAAUAUCUUCUGGUAACACCUGUUAAUCAUUAAAAGGAAAAUAGCACAAGCGUGCGAGGA